AUGUCCACCUCAAAUACAGGAACAAACGGCGACCUCGCUGUGCCCGACCUUCUUUUCCGCUGCUGCUCAGAUAAGAGCGUAGGACGCCUGCUGUGUGGGCAGCUAAUUGCAGACGGGGGCACGUCAAACCAGGAUACUGAUCUGACGGCUGAAUUUCUAAACCACAAGAACCUUUUAAACAGGCGGGUCACGAGGCUCAUUUCCUCAACUACAAGUCUACUUUGGGUGCUUCAACUCGCGUUUCAAAAACAACAUGCUGGAGAGAGCAAUAUUGAGAUCAUAUUCAUCUCGCCGCACGACUCUCCACUAGGCGAGGUUUUCCACGCGCCGAAUUUGGCGAGGCAGUCUGGGCUAAGCAGUGAAAAAGCUAGCUACUAUGAGCACGAGUACCUCUGGCAUUGGAAGAUCCCGGAAGAGUGUAUACACGCCCGUGUCGACCUAAAGGUUUUGGAGAGCAGAGGACUGACGUUGACGACUCUAAUCGGCUCAUUCAAGAAAGAGUUACCGUUUCCUAGGCUUUCCGAGUUUUCCUCAAAAUUCAAAAAUUUCUGGGUGGAGAACGAAUUUAUUGGAAGGUCUUUUGCUCUGGCUACAGCUGCGUGUCGAUUUGGAUAUGAUGCCCCAGUACGGCGAAUCUUCUGGAUCUUGUUUGAGAAUAGCCUUAGGGCAGGGGAGGGAUGGGGACAAUUCUCUAACGACAUUCAAGAGAUUCUGACUGAUGAGCUGUGCUCCCUAGCUGCAGAUGUUAGUGCUCGCAUGCUGGACUUUGACACAGAUCUUGCGGAUCUAAGCUGGGAAUGGCACUUACUUCAUUACGAGCAUGCUGAGAGGCUCAACGAGUUGGUGUACCCCUUGUUAGAAGAUGCACCAGCUCUCGACCGCCAACUUCAAGAGGAAAAUGACGCUUUUGAGCACAGCACUCAGCAUCUACAAAAGUGUCUACGAAAUAUUCGCAUAGAAAUUGGGCAUUGA